CGUGAGUUGGUUUAAGUCAUUCGUUCAGUCAAGUCAGUCAGUAGUACACUCACUCAGCAAUUUUUUUAAUUCAAUCAGUCUUUUUGUAAUUUCUGCCAUUGAUCGACGGUUCAAGUUUUGCUUUGUUUUUUAGUUAUUUACAAGGACUUGAUCUACUUCAUAGUGUCAGCAAGCAAUUCAAGAGUCUAUCCAACGUUGUAAAGUGACUUUGUUUGCCAUCUAACUACGACUUUGAACAUUUACAACUUCUUAAAAGAUGGCCACCGAAGUGAGUUGUCCGCCAAGCUUGCCGCAGCUGCAGUCGGUGCAGAAGGCAAUGGCCCUGCCCUCUGUCGGGGCAGCCGUUGGACAAGUGGGAGCUUUCUACACUAAAGUUAAAGGAGCACAUUCCCUCCUCGAGUGGGCGCUAUCAACAGCAGAAGCCAGCGUCACCCUAGCAGCCACGACUGCAGCACCAUACGUGGCCGCGCCCCUCGCCGCCGGUGACGCCAAGCUGGCGGGCUAUAUCGGUGAACUGGAGCGCCGCGUGCCGCUAGUCACAGAACAGCCCAAGAUCAUCGUCGAGACCACCAAGCAAGCUGUGCUCUCGAGAAUCUCACCGCAUGUUAAUAAGGUGUGCGUGGCGCGCGCAGCGGCGGAGCAACGCGUGCACUCGCUGAAGGAGCUAUCGUGGGCGAAGGCCAACGCGCUGCUGUCCACCGCCGCGGGCCAGAAGGCGGUGCUCGGGCUGGACUCCGGCGCCAGCCUCGCCAUGCGCCUGCUGGACCAGUACCUGCCGCCCGUCGGGCCGCAGCCCGAGCCGACAGGCGAGGUGACGGCGGCGUCUGAAGACCCUACCCUACACACGGUUCAGACUGUGGGACGCCUGAGCGCGGUGGCGGCUCGCCGCGUGUGGGCCAACCUCGCUUACAAGGUCACGGAGCUCAGGUCUUCAGGUAUUGAGCUGGACGUGCGUCGCUACGUGACGGCGCUGAUGGCGGCGCUGCACCUGGCCAAGGUCACGAGCGAGCAGCAGGAGCCCCCUGUCCCAACCCCUGCCCCCGCGGAGCCCGCCCCGCCUGCCCCCUCCCCCGCGCACAACGCCAGCCCCUCAGCCCCCUCCACCACCACCAUCGUCAAAACCACCCCCGAGGGAAAGUCUGACAUAUCAGAAAACUAACACUGUACCGGCUGGCACUAGGCCCACUUUUAUAUCUUAUAUCACCUAUAUUAUUAUGUUCUAUAUCUAAGCGCACUUCGGCCACACUGAAGAUAUACCGGCUGUAUCUACUCUGUUAUGGCUUUAGCAUUUAAGAUUGUAUUCUGAUUCAAAUGUAUCGAAGACUGUGAAACGAGUCUUAUAUUUUGAUGAAUUUAUAAACUUUGUACGCGAUAUUGUGGAUUUAUUAUUUAUUAAGCUUUUUGGAAAUAUAUUUAAUGAUGAACUGAAA